AGCAGUCAUUCCAAAACUAGGUUAGAUUACGAAAGGUACAGUUUUACGAACUGUUUAUCAAAGCGAUAAGCUGAUAACAAUAGAGCAACAAAACGUAUUAAGUACUAAACGAACAUUUUUAAUGCAAAUAAUAUUGAUUUUAACUGAUAAAUAAUACGGGAAUGCACGAAUGUAGUUAAUUUUGUGCGCUCAGUUUGGUUGCAGCGUCAGUAACUCAGUUGCGCUUGAGAGUUGAGUUGCCUGACACAAACAAUCCCUGAGGUGGAACGAGCGUGCUUUUGUUCACGAGAUAUAAACAAGUCACAUAUCUCUACUAUGUGAAUAGGAAACAAUGGCUCUAUCAUCGAAUUGUUGGAAAUAUCUUGUGCUCACAUUCAAUGUUUUAUUUGCGGUGUCAGCAGUUGUCCUAUUUGGUGCCAGUGGGUUUCUUUUAUAUCGUUUGUUUAUCUAUCGCCACUUUAUUGGAAUAAAUGUAGAAUAUCCAGCUAUUCUGCUUCUCAUGAUGGCAAUUAUAUCAUGCUCAAUUGCUUGGAUUGGAUGGCGGACGACGAAGUCCAUGCAUCAGAUUCAUAUAAUUAUGGCGGGAGUUUUAAUAGUGCUAGUUGUUGUGAUCGAGUUUGCGUGCUUUGUAUGGGCAAUGGUAGUGUGGGACAACAUUGAGAUUGACAUCAAGACCGCUAUGACCUCCUAUUUUGUGGAGACUAAUUAUAAUAAGGAAACCAACUCAGACACAAUACGAUGGGACAGACUUCAUGUCAAGUUUCAAUGCUGUGGUGUAAGCGGUCCUACAGACUACAGCUCGACAGGACACCUGCCGUAUUCAUGCUGUGGUCAGGGUCCCCUCGACUCCAUACAGCAACAGCCAUACACCUCGGACUGCAGUGCCUUCUACAAGCGGGGCUGCGGAAACCAGAUCCACGAGUACGCUAAGCAGCAACUGCUGUUUGUUGCUAUGACGGCUCUGGUAGCGUCUGUGCUGCAGAGCACCGGGAUAUUCUGCACGUUCUUCCUUGCACACGCCAUUCGAGAAAGAAGACGGGCGUCAAUACGAACGUCAACGAUCGCCCGGGACGCGACAUUUGCCGCCCCGGACGACACACUCUUGGCUUCACCCACUGCCCCUAUCUCUUUGCCAAAAUAUUAACUUAUUCAUUAGAUAUAAGAAUAGGUUGUGUUUUAUAUUUUAUAAGAUAAACUAUUAAUAAUAAUUAAUGAUGCUCCAAAUUUCGAAAUAUUUUUAAAUGAUAUGGACUUUAAAAACAUAUUAUAGAAAAAGUUUAUAUUAAAUUAAUAAUAAGUACCUAUAAAAUAAAAUAGAAUAUUUAUUAUUAAUAAUUACUUGCUUUUAAGUGUAACGUCUUGACAAAAGAGUAUUGCAUUUAAAGAUCGCGAUAUCAGAGUCAUACAUUAAUUCCGGACUGCCUCGAGGUUCCAAUUAUUUGUAUAUGCGAAACAUUGUUGUUUGCUAUCAAAUUCAAUUUCACAUAUUUUAUAUUCAAAUUAGAAUUUUGAAUCACUUAUAGACGUCAAAUAAUACCACCCAUUCGACGCCCCACAGAAGAAGAAGGGGCACAAGAACAAGGGGAACAAGAAACACAGUGGGCCUCUCCUAAAUGUUUUUUUAAUUAUUUAUUAUUAUUAACAUAUUAAUUUAUUAAUAAUUAAAUAGCCUGACGAUGGUCGCUCGUUUCCAAAUAUGUGGUAAAAUUAAAAUAUUCAUUUAUGUUA